UAACGUUUGGGGAACGCUUGCUAAAGUGAAGAAAGUUCCCUGUGGGGAAACUGGAGUUUUGUACUUUUCUGUUCCCUCGUCUUGUUCCGAAACGAAGGGAACAGCACUACUCAAUUUUGCAUGCACGCCUGAAGUGCAGUCUAACUUCAGUUACAUCAGGCAGUUCAUAAUAUCUAGCUAGCCUUGCUAGCUAACUUUUAGCGGUUGCCGCUAACUAGCCACAUUUUUAGCUUGUACCGAGUACCGAAGCUAAAGCCAUGGCGGAUGUUACUGCGCGUAGCUUACAGUACGAAUACAAAGCGAAUUCCAACUUGGUUUUGCAAGCGGAUCGUUCGCUCAUAGACCGCACUCGCCGAGAUGAACCAACAGGUGAAGUGCUAUCGCUGGUGGGAAAACUGGAAGGGACCAAGAUGGGAGACAAGGCUCAAAGAACCAAACCGCAAAUGUUGGAAGAGAGGAGAGCGAAGAGGAGAAAGCGUGAUGAAGACAGACACGACAUCAACAAGAUGAAGGGGUUUACUCUGCUGUCUGAGGGCAUCGACGAGAUGGUGGGCAUUGUCUACAAGCCCAAGACUAAAGAAACCAGAGAGACAUAUGAAAUUCUGCUCAGUUUCAUCCAGGCAGCUUUGGGAGACCAGCCUCGGGACAUCCUGUGCGGAGCCGCGGACGAGGUGCUGGCUGUGCUGAAGAACGAUAAAAUGAGAGAUAAGGAGAGGAGGAGAGAGGUGGAACAGCUGCUGGGGCCGGCUGACGACACACGCUACCACGUACUGGUCAACCUGGGCAAAAAGAUCACAGACUACGGAGGAGACAAGGAGCUCCAGAACAUGGACGAUAACAUUGAUGAGACAUACGGCGUGAACGUGCAGUUUGAAUCAGAUGAAGAGGAGGGGGAUGAGGACCAGUUUGGUGAAGUGCGGGACGAAGGCUCUGAUGACAGUGAGGGAGAGGAAGCAGAUGUGGGCUGCACUCUGUCUGCUAACCUGGGAGCAGCGGGUGAUGUCAUGACAGCUAAAAAGAAGGACCUGCACCCCCGUGACAUCGACGCCUUCUGGCUUCAGAGACAGCUUAGCCGUUUCUACGACGACGCCAUCGUGUCUCAGAAGAAAGCAGACGAAGUCUUGGAGAUUCUCAAGACGGCCAGCGACGACAGAGAGUGCGAGAAUCAGCUGGUUCUGCUUCUGGGCUUUAACACGUUCGACUUCAUCAAGAUCCUCCGGCAGCACAGACGGAUGAUCCUGUACUGCACCAUGCUGGCCAGUGCUCAGAGUGAGGCAGAGAAAGAGCGGAUCAUGAAUAAGAUGGAGGCUGAUCCUGACUUAUCUAAAGUGCUCUACCAGCUGCAGGAGACUGAGAAAGAGGACAUUAUACGGGAGGAAAGAUCGCGGAGGGAGAGAGUGAGGAAAUCCAGGGUGGACAACGACCUAGAGUCCAUGGACAUCGACCAUGGAGAGUCUGUGGCUCCUAGGCAGCUCUUGGAUCUGGAGGACCUGGCUUUCACACAGGGCAGUCACUUCAUGGCCAACAAACGCUGCCAGCUGCCCGACGGCUCCUUCCGCAAACAGCGCAAAGGCUACGAGGAGGUGCACGUGCCCGCCCUCAAACCCAAACCCUUCGCAGAGGACGAGACGCUGGUGCCCAUUGAAAAAUUACCCAAGUACGCUCAGGCUGGCUUUGAAGGCUUCAAAACCCUGAACCGCAUUCAGAGCAAACUGUUUAAGACCACCAUGGAGACAGAUGAAAACCUGCUGGUCUGUGCUCCAACGGGAGCAGGUAAAACCAACGUAGCCCUGAUGGCCAUGCUCAGAGAGAUUGGCAAACACAUCAACAUGGACGGCACCAUCAACGUGGACGACUUUAAGAUCAUCUACAUCGCCCCCAUGCGUUCUCUGGUACAGGAGAUGGUGGGCAGCUUCGGCAAGCGAUUGGCCAGCUACGGCAUCACUGUGUCAGAGCUGACGGGCGACCACCAGCUGUGUAAGGAGGAGAUCAACGCCACUCAGAUCAUUGUCUGUACGCCGGAGAAAUGGGACAUCAUCACCCGCAAGGGGGGAGAACGCACCUAUACACAGCUCGUGCGACUCAUUAUUAUUGAUGAGAUCCACUUGUUGCACGACGACCGUGGACCAGUGCUGGAGUCUCUGAUUGCCAGAACCAUCCGGAACGUGGAGCUGACUCAGGAGGAUGUGCGUCUCAUCGGCCUCAGCGCCACUCUGCCCAACUACGAGGACGUAGCCACCUGCCUGCGCGUCGACCCCUCCCGCGGACUUUUCUACUUUGACAACAGUUUCCGCCCGGUGCCUCUGGAGCAGACCUAUGUCGGAAUCACAGAGAAAAAAGCCAUCAAACGUUUCCAGAUCAUGAACGAAAUCGUUUAUGAGAAGAUCAUGGAACACGCUGGAAAGAACCAGGUGCUGGUGUUUGUGCACUCGCGUAAGGAGACCGGGAAGACGGCCCGUGCGAUCAGGGACAUGUGUUUGGAGAAGGACACUCUGGGUCUGUUUCUCAGAGAGGGCUCCGCCUCCACCGAGGUCUUAAGGACAGAGGCAGAACAGUGCAAAAACCUGGAGCUGAAGGAUUUGCUGCCAUAUGGCUUUGCCAUCCAUCAUGCUGGCAUGACCAGGGUGGACAGAACACUGGUGGAGGAUCUGUUCGCCGACAGACACAUUCAGGUGUUGGUGUCCACUGCCACUCUGGCCUGGGGUGUGAACUUGCCUGCCCACACGGUCAUCAUUAAAGGCACACAAGUGUACAGCCCAGAGAAAGGCCGAUGGACAGAGCUGGGAGCCCUGGAUAUUCUCCAGAUGCUGGGCCGUGCCGGCAGGCCACAGUACGACACUAAAGGAGAGGGCAUCCUGAUCACGUCUCAUGGAGAGCUGCAGUAUUACCUGUCUCUGCUCAACCAGCAGCUUCCCAUAGAGAGCCAGAUGGUGGGCAAACUGCCCGACAUGCUCAAUGCCGAGGUUGUCCUGGGCAACGUGCAGAACGCCAAGGACGCUGUGAACUGGCUGGGCUAUACUUACCUGUACGUGAGAAUGCUAAGAAACCCCACGCUGUACGGCGUGUCUCACGAUGAGCGGAGCAGCGACCCCCUGCUGGAGAGACGCAGAAUGGACCUGGUUCACACCGCUGCCACCAUCCUGGAGAAAAACAACCUGGUCAAAUACGACAAGAGAUCCGGCAGCUUCCAGGUGACAGACUUGGGUCGCAUCGCCAGUCAUUUCUACAUCACUCACGAGUCCAUCAUGACAUAUAACCAGCUCCUGAAGCCCACGCUGAGUGAGAUUGAACUGUUCAGAGUCUUCUCCCUCUCGUCUGAGUUCAGAAACAUCACUGUUAGAGAGGAAGAGAAACUUGAGCUUCAGAAAUUGCUGGAGAGAGUCCCCAUCCCUGUGAAGGAGAGCAUUGAAGAACCUAGUGCUAAGAUAAACGUGCUGCUCCAGGCCUUCAUCUCUCAGCUCAAACUGGAGGGCUUUGCCUUGAUGGCUGAUAUGGUCUAUGUUACCCAGAGUGCAGGAAGACUGAUGCGUGCCAUCUUUGAGAUUGUACUGGGCAGAGGUUGGGCUCAACUCACAGACAAGACCAUGAACCUGUGCAAAAUGAUCGACAAACGCAUGUGGCAGUCCAUGUCCCCCCUGCGCCAGUUCCGGAAGCUUCCAGAGGAGGUCAUCAAAAAGAUUGAGAAGAAGAGCUUCCCUUUUGAACGUCUCUACGACCUCAACCACAACGAAAUCGGCGAGUUGAUCCGUAUGCCGAAGAUGGGUAAGACCAUCCACAAGUACGUGCACCAGUUCCCCAAACUGGACCUGGCGGUUCACAUUCAGCCAAUCACACGCUCUACGCUCAAAGUGGAGCUCACCAUCACACCGGACUUCCAAUGGGAUGACAAGGUGCACGGCUCCUCGGAGGCUUUCUGGAUCCUGGUGGAGGAUGUAGACAGCGAGGUCAUCCUGCAUCACGAGUACUUCCUCCUCAAGUCCAAAUACGCUCAGGACGAACACCUGGUCACCUUCUUCGUGCCCGUGUUCGAGCCGCUCCCCCCGCAGUACUUCAUCAGAGUCGUGUCUGACCGCUGGCUCUCCUGUGAGACCCAGCUGCCAGUGUCUUUCCGUCACCUGAUCCUGCCAGAGAAGUACCCUCCUCCCACUGAGCUGCUGGACCUGCAGCCCCUCCCUGUCUCUGCUCUGAGAAACGCAGCCUUUGAGAGCCUUUACCAGAACAAGUUCCCCUUCUUCAACCCCAUUCAAACACAGGUUUUCAAUGCUGUGUACAACAGUGAUGACAACGUGUUUGUUGGAGCUCCCACCGGCAGUGGAAAGACCAUCUGUGCUGAGUUUGCCAUUCUUAGGAUGCUGCUACACAACGCUGAGGGGCGCUGUGUCUACAUCACGCCCAUGGAGGCUCUGGCUGAACAGGUGUUUAUGGACUGGCAUCAGAAGUUCCAGGAUGCCCUGAGUAAGAAGGUGGUGUUACUGACCGGAGAGACGAGCACUGACCUCAAACUGCUGGGAAAAGGCGACAUCAUCAUCAGCACCCCGGACAAAUGGGACAUCCUGUCUCGUCGCUGGAAACAGAGGAAGAACGUGCAGAACGUCAGCCUCUUCAUCGUGGACGAGACCCACCUCAUUGGCGGAGAGAACGGGCCUGUGUUGGAGGUGAUCUGCUCCAGGAUGAGGUACAUCUCAUCUCAGAUCGAGAGACCCAUCCGUAUAGUGGCACUCAGCUCCUCCUUGUCCAACGCUAAGGACGUCGCUCACUGGCUUGGCUGUAGCACCACAGCCACCUUCAAUUUCCACCCCAACGUGAGGCCUGUUCCUCUGGAGCUCCACAUCCAGGGCUUUAAUGUCAGUCACACUCAGACUCGUUUGUUGUCUAUGGCCAAACCUGUGUAUCAUGCCAUCAUGAAACACUCUCCCACCAAACCAGUCGUCGUGUUCGUGCCGUCCCGCAGGCAGACUCGCCUCACGGCCAUCGACAUCCUCACCUUCUGCGCCGCCGACGUGGUCCCCCAGAGGUUCCUGCACUGCACGGAGAAGGACCUGGCUCCGUUCCUGGAGAAACUGACAGACAACACACUGAGAGAGACUCUGUCCAACGGCGUUGGCUACCUACACGAGGGGCUCUCCGCCUCUGAGCGCAGGAUCGUGGAGCAGCUCUUCAACUCUGGUGCUGUUCAGGUGGUGGUGGCAUCUCGUUCUCUCUGUUGGGGCACGAGCAUUUCUGCCCAUUUGGUCAUUGUCAUGGAUACGCAGUACUACAAUGGCAAAAUCCACGCCUAUGUAGACUAUCCCAUUUAUGAUGUCCUCCAAAUGGUGGGGAAAGCCAACCGCCCUCUACAGGACGACGAGGGACGAUGCGUGAUCAUGUGUCAGGGCUCCAAGAAGGACUUUUUUAAGAAGUUCCUGUAUGAGCCUCUACCCGUGGAAUCCCACCUGGACCACUGUCUCCACGACCAUUUCAACGCCGAGAUCGUCACCAAGACCAUCGAGAACAAACAGGACGCCGUGGACUACUUAACCUGGACCUUCCUCUACCGCCGCAUGACCCAGAACCCCAACUACUAUAACCUUCAGGGGAUGUCACACCGUCACCUGUCAGACCACCUGUCGGAGCUGGUGGAGAACACGCUGCAGGAUCUGGAACAGUCCAAAUGCAUCAGCAUUGAGGAUGAGAUGGACGUGGCUCCACUCAACCUGGGCAUGAUCGCAGCCUACUACUACAUCAACUACACCACCAUCGAGCUGUUCAGCAUGUCUCUCAAUGCUAAGACCAAGAUCCGUGGCCUGAUCGAGAUCAUUUCCAACGCUGCUGAGUACAAGAACAUCCCCAUCAGACACCACGAAGAUGCUUUGCUCCGACAGCUGGCCCAAAAAGUACCCCACAAGCUCAACAACCCCAAAUUUAACGACCCACAUGUGAAGACCAACCUGCUGCUCCAGGCUCACCUGUCCCGCAUGCAGCUGAGUGCAGAGCUCCAGUCUGACACAGAGGAGAUCCUCAGCAAGGCAGUACGUCUGAUCCAGGCUUGCGUGGAUGUGCUGUCCAGUAACGGCUGGCUGAGUCCGGCCCUGGCUGCCAUGGAGCUGGCUCAGAUGGUCACCCAGGCUAUGUGGUCCAAAGACUCCUACCUCAAACAACUGCCCCACUUCACAUCAGACCACAUCAAACGCUGCGGCGAGAAGGGUGUGGAGAGCAUUUUCGACAUUAUGGAAAUGGAGGAUGAAGAACGUUCCGGUCUCCUGCAGCUGUCUGACUCUCAGAUGGCCGACGUGGCUCGUUUCUGUAACCGCUACCCCAACAUCGAACUGUCCUACGAGGUGGCAGAAAAGGACCAAGUCAAGAGUGGCAGUCCUGUUGUGGUGAUGGUGCAGUUAGAGAGAGAAGAGGAGGUGACCGGGCCCGUCAUCGCUCCGCUCUUCCCACAGAAACGUGAAGAGGGCUGGUGGGUCGUGAUCGGAGAUCCUAAAUCCAACAGUCUGAUCUCGAUCAAGAGGCUUACCCUACAGCAGAAAGCCAAGGUGAAACUGGAUUUUGUGGCUCCUGUGGUAGGCACCCAUAACUACACGCUGUACUUCAUGAGUGACGCUUACAUGGGCUGUGACCAGGAGUACAAGUUCAGCGUGGACGUGAAGGAGGCCGACAGUGAUGGAGACAGCGACUCAGACUAAGUCUCCAACCCCAGGAUUAGGACGGUCUAUCAUCUUUACUCUCCUGUGUUUGUUCAUUAAGAUGGGUUUGGUUUUCAUCUCCUCCUGUGUACAGUUCUUUAUGAGCAAGUAUCCGAGUUAUGGAUGUUUUGUCAGUUUAAAUUACAUUUCUACUUAUUUCAUGUUUUGAUUUUAUUUUGAAAUGACAGCUCUUUUGGUAUAUACUCCGAGGCAACCCAGUCUGAGUUUGUUUGAUCAGAAAUAAGAAUUCAGAAUGCUAGGUUGUUCAUGGUAGUUUAGUAAACUCAGAUUAUGUGUGAAGAUUUGAGAAAGAAUUGUGUAAAUGGAGACAUUUUCACUGAGCAGAUGUGUUGCUUGAAACCAUCCUUCUAAGUUAAUUGUCUUCUAUGACAGUUUGUUUAAGCAAGUAUUGAACAAGAAACCUGUUUGAGACAUGAGCACAAUUGUCCUGUACUUUGUGUUUUUAUAAAAGAAAGAAGUCACAGUUUCUGUAGAUGUUUCAUGUCCUUUGAAAUAAAGUGA